CCCGCGGCGGCGGCGCUGACAGCCCGCCCGGAGCCCCGGGGGCGGCCGCGGCCACCAUGUCGUCCCCCAGCCCGGGCAAGAGGCGGAUGGACACCGACGUGGUCAAGCUGAUCGAGAGCAAACACGAGGUCACGAUCUUAGGAGGACUCAACGAGUUUGUCGUGAAGUUUUACGGACCACAAGGAACACCGUAUGAAGGUGGAGUAUGGAAAGUUAGAGUCGACCUUCCUGACAAAUACCCCUUCAAAUCCCCAUCCAUAGGAUUCAUGAAUAAAAUCUUCCAUCCCAACAUCGACGAAGCGUCAGGAACUGUAUGUCUAGAUGUAAUCAAUCAGACUUGGACAGCUCUCUACGAUCUCACCAAUAUAUUUGAGUCGUUCCUGCCCCAGCUGCUGGCUUAUCCCAAUCCUAUAGAUCCUCUAAAUGGCGACGCUGCGGCCAUGUACCUCCACCGACCAGAAGAGUACAAACAGAAAAUUAAAGAAUACAUCCAGAAAUAUGCAACAGAAGAAGCACUAAAAGAACAGGAAGAAGGCACCGGGGACAGCUCAUCCGAGAGCUCCAUGUCCGACUUCUCGGAAGAUGAGGCUCAGGAUAUGGAAUUGUAGUAGAGGAGGCCACCUGCUUUUCAGAGAGACUCUAAUUUCCUAACCACGAGAAGCAGACUAUAAUAUUCAUAUUUAAACAAAGCAAUUUUUUUUAUUACUAAACAAGGUUUUUAUGAAUUAUAGCAUUGAUAUAUAUAUAUAGAUAUAUAUAUCUCUCUUUCUCUCUCUCUCUCUCUCUCUCUCUCUCUCUUCUCACCCUUUAGAUCUUGAUUUUUCUCGGUCGUUUUCCCGAUUCCCGAGGUGCCGUUAGCGUUUUAAUUCCCAACAUUCCAUUCUGGUAGCAAUAUGCAGCCCGGAUGCAUGCAUUGAGAUUUUUUUUUUUUUUCUUUAUUUUUUUCUUUAUUUUUUUCUUUUCUUUAUUUUUUUUCCCCCCCAUUUGGCCGAGGUCAACUUCGGUGUGCUACCAGACAGCUGCCCUGGGAGGGAGGGAAUUAGCCAAAAAAAAAAAAAAAAAACCCAAACAAAACAAAAAACAACAAAAAUAAAUCCGAACAACUACAAAAAGAAAGAAAAAAAAAAAAAAGGAUUUGCUGUCCGAUCGAGUUUUUUCACCUGGGACCUUGGCGUUUCCUCUGAGUCUUAAAAACCUUGGGAGCGGCAGAGCUGCGGAGGCGCCGAAGGAGCUCCUCCAGGUCGUGUUUCGAAACAGGAAAAAAAAAGGGGGAUUUCACUAAAAAAAAACCCCAAAAACCCGAAACAAACCGCGAUCCGAACGCUCCUCGGAGCGCUGAGGCCGGAAAACGACUCGGAAUUUCGGUCCUGCCGUGGACUCCUCCCGAACUUCAGGGACUGACGGCCGCUGGCCGAUUCCCUUUGGAGAAGACUUUGGAGAAGCUCUGGAUGCCGCUCCCUCGCUCGGUGUGGAUCAGGAGCCUCGCUUUCGCUUCCGCUGCGAUGGGAAGAAGCAUCCGGAACCCCCCACGGACGAUUCCCUUGGAGCCGGGAUCGACCCCCCCCCCGGAGCGCGUGGAAAUUCCAACUCUUCCUUCUGGCCCGGUUUGGAGAACCUGCUGCCCUUGAAGGGCUUGGAGUUGGCUUCUUUAUUAUUGUUAUAAUUAUAAUUAUAGUAAUUAUUACGAUGAUGAUGGUGGGUUUUUUUUUUCCUUUCUUUUCUUUCCCGCUCCCUCUUUUGCCGGAAGUCUGGUUCAGGCGCGUGCCAAACGCUCGCUCGUGUCCUGGGAAUUCCUCUGACCGGAUGGAUUGGCUUUGCCAGAGCUUCACAUCCACGGAAUUUUCCCGUCGGCCCAAGUCCACGAAUCCGUCGGCGCCGAUUCUGAUUUUCCUUUUAUUUUUUUUUUUUUUAAUUUUAUUUUUGCUGUUUUUUUAAUCUUUCGUUCCUCCCCCUUCUGCACCAGCUUGGUUCCCAUCUGCUUUGUGUGGGUACAACAGGAUAAAAAUUCCUUGAGAGUUGACAGAGAAAAUUACCUAGGGGGAAAAAAAAAAAAGAACAAAACACCAAAACCACAAAAUUUGAGCUGAAUAAUAAUAAUAAAAAAAAGCACCAAUUGAGGAAGCAAACGGAUUCACUCUUUGGGGUUUUUUUGUUGUUGUUGGUUGGUUUGGUUUUUUUGGUUGGUUUGGAUUUUUUUUUUUAAUUUAAUCUUUAUUUCCACGACGUUUGGGAAUUGGAAUGUUGGAUUUCUCCUGGUGUCUUGCAGCAAGCUGAGAGAUUUUUUUUUUUUUUUUUAGGGUUUUUUUUGGAUUUUUUUUUUUUUUUUAUUUUUGCUGUUGUUCCUAGAAUUCUGCUAAGUAAACGUCUCCUUGGGAUGCCGGGGUACUUGAAUUGGGAGAAUUGUGCAUCGGAGAUUCGAGCUGAGAUGGAUUUUUUUUUUUUUUUAAAAAAAAAAAAACCCGAACGUUCCCCGCCGUUUUCUUUCGGGGAUUUUUUUUUUUUUUUCCCGGAGGGGGUUUGGACGAGAUCUUUUCAGUCUGUGACGUGACCUGCGAGGAAUAAAAAAAGAAAAAAAAAAAAAUCAACCCACCCUGAGCGACUCUGGAGCAGAGUUUUGAAUGUCAGACUUGGCACGUUCGUCGUUUCUCCCAGAAUUAUUGGGGUUCGUUUCCUUUUCCUUUCCAGACGCCGCCGAGUUGGGGCUGGGAGAUUCCCCCGCCCCCGUCUCUGAUUUCACGAAGCACAAUCAGUUCUUUUCUCUUUCUGUUGCUUUUUGGGGUUUGGUUUUUGUUUUUGGUUUUUUUUUUGAGUCGGGGGGAGGGGGGAGAAAACGAAAACUCCAUCGAGUCCCACUUGGCUUUGGCAUGAAUUUCCUUAAUAAAAAAAAAACCUACCGUGAAUUUCCUUUCUGGUUAAUUUCCGUUCGUUGGGUUUUUUUUUCCCCCGUCCUCUCCCAGCCGUGGUGUGAGUGCUGUGCUCGAGUUUCUCUGUCUGGCAUUCGUGGCUUGUCGGAGGGUGACAUUAAUUAUUUAACGCGCUAAUGAUGUAAUUAACUCUUUAUCUAGCACGCUGAUUAAUUCGGGGAGGGAGGGGCCGCCUUUAACUCUGCUUUUUCCCCCCGCUGCCCUGGCAGUUUUGCUUGUUGCUAUAAAACUUCGACUCGUGGCCGCUGCUUUGGGGUAGGAUCAAGUGCUGGGCGGCGAUUUCGGGUUGAAAAAGCUUCGAGGAAAAACAACAAAACAAAACAAAACCGCCAAAA